GCUGCUGCCUACUACCUUGUGUCUUGGGUGUCUUCCAUUCCAUUCCCCGUUUCCUCCAAUACUGGAUUCUAGUGGAGGCGUGAUAAAGGGGAAACUGAUCUAAUGGCCCAGUUUUGCCACUACCUAGACAUGGGACUCUGGGUGAUGCACUACCUCUCAGAGCACUUGGGUAUCUAAGUUUUCUUCACCCAUCUGUAAAAAUAAAAGGUAAUUUCACACCUUCUUCCAUUGAGGAGUGAUGGGUGGAAAGCAUUCAGCACGGUGCCUGGCUCAUACAGGCACUCAGUAAAAGCUUGCUGUCACUGACAGCUCUUAGCAGAUGUUUACUGUGAUAGCUGUCCCACCUAAGAUUAAAAAGAGUUCCAAAGCUUUUGUAAUGUGAAAUGACAAGCAGUUGAGGGAAGCUACUGCGAUAGUUAUGCGGAUUCAAGCACGGUGACAGCAUUAAACCAAGUGGACGGUGUUUCUUGCGCAUGAAAUUCCAAGCUGCGGGAUGGAGUCUGUUGUCUAGUGCAGAGCGAAUAUGCCUAACUCCGAAAAUGGUGAUUGGAUACUUUUCCGCAUCUACCAGGUCUGUGCCAAAUAAAUGAUUAUUGGACUUUUAAAGGCUAAGCUUUUUUUUAACAACCGCAAAGGGUUCCGAAGCCCCAGGUCCCAAUCUCCACCUAACUGAAGGGUGGCCCCUGGGGAUCCAGGAUGGCAACUGCGCAGCAGGAGGGAGGACAUGCGCAUCCCUGUCUGGCCAGCUCCAGGGGGAGCUGGGGCCUGUCCCCGCGAGAAGUGGCCUCGCCUCGUGUCCAAUGAGAGCCCGGGUGGCCGUCCAGUCUCAUCCCGACACGGUUGCCCUGACGCGGCUUCCGGCCGGAGCGCCACCCUUUCUGGGAUCGGAAAUCCGGAAGAGAACCGGAAGUCGGCAGACGAACUGGUGGGGUCAGGGCAGCGGAAGUAGUCUGACUUUGCACAGCCGUAAAGCGCGACCUGCUGGACCGCCUUCCGUUUGGCGACAACAACGGCCGGCUCAGACGCCUGUUCCAAACAGCCUGGAAUCCGCGCCUCGGUGGGCUCCAGGACCCUCGGCUCAAGUUCACGUCGGCUUCCUAUCGGCGCCGCUUCACCAGGAUCAUGUUCAAGAAAUUCGACGAGAAGGAGAAUGUGUCCAACUGCAUCCAGCUGAAAACUUCAGUUAUUAAGGGGAUUAAGAACCAACUGACAGAGCAAUUUCCAGGUAUCGAGCUGUGGCUCAAUCAAAUCAUGCCUAAGAAAGACCCCGUCAAAAUAGUGCGAUGCCAUGAACAAAUGGAGAUCCUUACGGUAAACGGAGAACUACUGUUUUUCAGGCAGAGAAAAGGACCUUUUUAUCCAACGCUGAGGUUACUUCACAAAUACCCAUUUAUCCUGCCUCACCAGCAGGUGGAUAAAGGAGCCAUCAGAUUUGUGCUUAGUGGUGCAAAUGUCAUGUGUCCGGGUUUAACGUCUCCUGGAGCAAAGCUUUACCCUGCUGCAGUAGAUACAAUCGUGGCAGUCAUGGCAGAAGGGAAGGAGCAUGCCCUGUGUGUUGGAGUCAUGAAGAUGGCUGUGGGUGACAUUGAGAAAGUCAACAAGGGAAUCGGCAUUGAGAAUAUCCAUUAUUUGAGUGAUGGGCUGUGGCACAUGAAGACCUAUAAGUGAGCCUUAAAAGGAAUACACUUGAGCUAAAUAUAAAUAUUGUGUUGUAUAUGUGUGUGUGUCUGUAUGUGACAUCAUGAAGACAGAGCCUCUGUGGUUAACCUGAAUAAAUUCAACAGAUACCU